AUGGAGCUGGCGUACCUGCACUCGAUUGCAUACAUCGUAUACGACGGUUAUGUCAGCAAGGUCCUCAUGGACGAGCUCACCGGCUUGAGGGAUACGGAGAUGGAGGAGUGGAGGAGGGUGUGGGAGGAGGUCAGGAUCCUGCCGACAAGGAUGUGGACGGUGAUAUGGGCAUGGGGCGCGUACCUUCCACAAACACGGUUCGAUGAGAUCCUCGGCAUGUAUCGAGCGUACACGAGCUCAGGUGAUGCGCACCACAACGCUCUCUUGCCGGCGAUCUGGUUCCCCGUUGACGCCGACACGAAGGAAGGCCAGGAGAAGGUGGAUGCUAUGAUGUCGGCCAUGAUUGGUCGCGUGUCUAUGUGCGCGGCGUAUGGGAAGGUCGCUGCGAGCGCGGCGGAGAAGACGGAGCUGGUGGCACAAGCGUGGUCGGCAUCGGCUUGCGCCUUGUGGUGCUUUGUUGAGAACGAUGAUGCGGCUGUGGUCAAUGCUGUGAGAGAGGGGAAGGUGGCGGCGAUGGUAGUCGGUGCCAGCGAGGAUACCACCGCUGUCUUCAAGAAGGUUAUGCAGGCGGUGCUGGAGGUCGAGAUCGACAAGGUGCAACCCGUCAAGGAGGUUGCGCACAACGUCGCGCAGGCGCUGCAAAGUCUCGCUCUGCAAAAGGUCUAUCCGGGGAGGGCUGCUGAAGUCGAAGCUGUCGUGAUCGCUAGAGCGAUGGUGGAGACCAUGGCGUUCUGGGGAAUGUGCCCCGUUGCCGGGCCGAAACUCAAGGAGGUCGGCAUCGCGGUGCCGUGUGACGUGCAGAUGGAGCACGAUUUUAAAGCCAGGGGGAGGAAGGGGCAGAGGGGCAAGCAGGGCAAGGACAGCAUGGAGAAGAAGAAGGGUAGGAAGGGCAGGAAGGGCAAGGGCUGCACGGCGGCGUAG